UACCAAGAAAUGAUGAGACUCCUAAUAAGAUGUUCAAGAUAACUCCUAACAAAGUCUGUAUAAAAGCAGGAGUAGUUGAUGCGCUUAAUGCAAUGCAGAAACAUGUACAAGAAAAGGUCAAGAAGAGACUAGACAAAGAGAAACCCUUUUCUGUUCUCAAUGUUUCAUUUGAUGUGUUCAGAAAAUUAGUUCGUUUGGAUGACGAAACUGAGUGCCUCAUCACUGGAUGGGAUGAAACAUUGGAACGCUUUGAUAUGUGGCACGCUCAUCCAUUUCCUCCCACUGAAUUGAAAUCAGUGGAGAAUUACCAAGCAUGCGGGACUGGGAGGUUUUAUGCUCUUAAGAUGUUAAAGCAAUUAUAUGAACCCAACAUGUGUGUUGGAGAAGCUGAAGAGGUUGCUAUAUGAUGUUUACUUGAAGUUGGGUUUUAUGAACCAUGUACUGGUG